UGUGGAAGAAACUAUUGAUCGUCUGCGUGCAUGCGUGUUUGUUUUGUGUGGGAGGUUCUGUUCGUGACACGGUUGAGAAAGAAUAUCAGUGAGUCUCUUUCUAUUUCUCCUCGCAGUCAUGGAGCCUAAGAAGGAAAUGCACCGUCUUGGAUCAGUGCUGGUGACUGUGUUCGUGCUGUGUUUGCAGCUCAACUUGGCUGUGACAGGAGACUGUCCUGCAGACGGACGGACCUGGGUGCCCUUUCAAGACAAAUGUUACCACUUUGUCCACGGAGAAGAAGACAGUAUCAAAAGCUACACCUUUGAGAGGGCCAAAUCUCUCUGCCAGGGUUUUGGACUUUUGACUAUACUGAGCGCAGAGGAGAAUGACUUUGUCAUUAAAUAUAGCCCACAAGUGUGGAAAGGCAACGUCAACGUGUGGCUGGGAAUGUAUUAUGACACAGACAGUGAAAACAUGUGCUGGCUCCAUGACGAAGCUCCAGUAAGAUACACUAACUGGGAGGACAGCUCGUCUCCAUCAGACCUCGUUCCCGUGGACACGUGUGUGGCUCUGCACAGCAACACGGGAAAGUGGGAAAAUAUCAGCUGUCUGGACGAGGUGGAGAACGGAGUCAUCUGUAAAACGGAUCAGAAAACGGAAACCAAACCAAAGUCCAACGCGCUGCUCUCCGCCCUGGUCAUUCUCAGUGUUGUGGCCAUUGUGGGAAUCUCUGCGGUCAUUUGGUUCCUGCACCAGAGGCACAACAUUGGCUCCACCAUCAUGACUGCGUUCGAGUACCACCCUCCGUUCCGAGUCCUGAACUCAGACCAGUCCUACCUGGUGGAGGCUGAGGAAACUGACACUGUGCCGUAGGAGAAUGGACACUUGCUGAUGGUAUGGGUUUCAAUACUUACAGCAGUUACUGAGUUACCGAUUUUGGGGAUUUAACAAGUCGGGAGUCAUGACUCAGAGUAAAUGUAGUGCGUAAGAAUAACAAGAAGGUUUGCUCUGACAUAAAUCCUUUCACUCUGGCACAUUAAUAUAUCACUAUUGCUUUGCGUUAGUUGUCCAAACAACAACAACAGACUCACUUGAUUGGUUUGUACAUUUCUCAGAUUGAUGCAUUUCUGUCAAUAAUAGACUGAUGAUCGUAUUCACACUUAUCUUAAGGUCUCAUCCAGUGCUUUUAGAACUUUUGAAAUUGUUGCGUUUUGUUUCUUGUUUGCACUACAGUAUGAUCAUUAACACAGACAGUGAUUGAAAACAUUCAUUUUAGGAUUUGUGUCGUGACUGAUAUUUUAUAUGUAUUUUUAUAUAUUCAGCUGUGGUAUGGGCUGUUACAAUGUGUGGUCUCUCAGAUGUCAGUGCAUCACAGGCUGGUUUGUCCGACUUUACUUAAGUAUUACAAUGGAGUAAGAACCGGUCACAACUACAUUUCCAGCAUAGUGACAAAGUCUAGGUAUUGAUUGGUAAAAUAAAAGUGGAGGUUUUAUUUUGGUUUAAUGAUUGCAUUUGAUUAAUUAGAUGAUAAUAAGAUAUUUGAAUGGAUUCUCUUUAGAAAUCUGUGUUUUUACUGGUAAUUGAGAAAAAAAAACAAGUGACCUUAGAGGAAGUGUUUACCAUUCGAGAGCUUAUUCUAAUAUAAAAAGUUAUUUUUGCAUUAUACUUUACCCAAAUAUGAAUUCUCAAUUGACGCCUAUAAAAAUGUGAGCGUGCCUGCUGCUUUUAUAAAUAACAGACAUGUUUAGAUAUGAUGGCUGUCACUUUUUUAUAAGUGUCUGUAAAUAUAUAAACGAGACAGAGCCAAAAAGCUGAUAUUUUCACCACUAGAGUAUUUUCCUUUAAAAUGAAAUCUGUUUAGUUUUACUUAAGUGGCCGUGACCAGUUUCAGUGCAGUUUUUUUGCUUUGACCUUUGAUUGUAACAAGUUGCAAGAUGAACAGAAAAAUAAGCUUUAAAUGUGAGAAUUUCCAUCGUGGUAACCUUGAUCAUUUAUAUUCAACCACUCAUUCCUUUGUUUUGUUAUAUUCAGGGGGUGGGGUGGGGGGGGGGGUAGAUUCUUUAUUUCUUUGUGAAUCUUCAUGGUGAUCAAGACAUUAGAACAAACAUUAGAUAGGUUUGAUCACUGUGUAACCAGACAAUCUAAAUGUAUAAUUUUUAUUAUAAUUGUCAGCAGUGUUAAUUUGCUUCAGUACAAUAUCUGACUUCCAUUAAUAUGAACCCACACCACUGUAUUUUCAUAAUAAAGAAUGUUGUAAAAUCA